UGUAAUCCUAUAGCUUAGCACGUCGUAUAUGCCCUUCGGGAGGCGAGAUAGUGGACUUCAUCCCUAUUAUCUAGACGUAAAAUGAAUACCAACCAACCAACCAACUUGAAACCUCUAUCGCUCUUGCUGUUGCUAUAGGCGGAGCUCCUCCCUCGCGAGCUGCCUCUCUUGUUGUUGUAAUUUUUCCAGCGAUUCAUUCGUUUCCCUUUCUGCUUCGAGCGCGAUCUGCUGUCUGAGCUCCUCUCGGUCGAUCUCGAGCUAGCGAUCAUGCUCUCUGGCUUCCUGGAGUCUGCGCUCGAGGUCGGCCUUCUAGGCUUGAAGCUGUUGCUUCAUGUCGUAGUCCAUCUGCUUGAAGGCAGUCGUCAUCUCCUGCCGAAGUUCUGCCAGUUGCCUCUCAUACUGUCUCUUCUGUCUCUCAAGCUCUGCGUGCAGUUCCUGACCGGCACUUGUUUCGUUCAGGUCCUGCUUAUUGUCGACGAGCUCCCUUUAGGUGACGAGAGUGACAGGCUUUCUGCGCUUAAUGAGGUAUUGCAGAGUCGUAAUUGCCAAAACCGCGUCGUUAUCUUGCCGCGUCACCUUGCUCCCAUGUUGGAUCAUCCGCUGCCACAUCUAAGGAUUAGUCUUCAGCUACUGCUCCCUGUCGAGUCCUUCAUCCUUUUCUACCUUGUCUCAACGGGUGGUGGCGAGAACGACAGCCUCCAGGCUACUUUCACCGCAGAGCGCUCUGAUCAUGCGCAAGUUUUCAUUGUAGCUAUGGCAAGAACAAACUAGGCGCCAUGUCACUGAGAGCUACAUUCAAUGUUGUGAAGUCUAGCUCGCGCGACCACUGCAAAAUGUCGGCCACGCAAUGUAAUGGAGAUGAGUCUGUCGUACUUGGUGGGCUCAAAUAAGACAUGCUUGUGUGUCUCCAAGGAGUGUGCACCUAGCUCCAUGGUAGCUGCA